GUGGCACAGAAAGAGAUGAGUAGUCUCGGCGAGGGAGGAAAAAACGCCGAAGGUCCGCCCCUGGCGGCAUCGUCAGCCAGGCCGCGUUACGCCAUGGGAAAAGCGAGCGAGCGUGUUUUGCGAGUUAAUCUGCCACCUCUAGCGGCUUCAGUUUUCACUCUUUCUUUUCCGGCUGAGGGGGAGUCAUGGCUUCGCAGAAGCUGCCCCCUUGACGACGACGACGCCGAGAAAUCGCUAGACAACAUUUCGCAACUCCCACAUCGGGGGAAACCGCCGGUCGCUCGCGGUGUACGCGCGAUUUUUUAACGCUCCUUGCGAGAGAGCGCACACGCGCCAAAAAGAGUCGAAGCCGAGCUCGGCAACUGGACCGGAGCACCGUGUCAGGCCUCCGUUGAUGCACCGUGUGUUGAGAAGAGCCGUGCGUCUCCAGGAUUAACUUUCACGACAGGAGGUAUCAGAGCAACGAGCAUGCGCACCGGGCUACUGGGCGCACUGGUAGUGAUCUCCCUUGCGAGCACAACUGCUGUCACUGCCGACAACACGACCGUUCUUGUGCGAAACAAGAGGCAAGGAAUUCUAGGGUCCCUAUUCAAGCCUAUUCUGGAUGCCGGCAAGCCCAGGCAACAGGAGCAGUCAAAUCAGGGCGCCGACCAUCCCCAUGGAGCGCCCAUCCAAGACAAAAAUGUCGUGAACCAGUUCUUAGAGAACCUUCAGCGCUCGCAGCACAACUUCAACGUCCCGCGAAGGCGCUCCUCCUUCUUUGGACCUGCCAUCAACGCACUGAGGCAGUUUCAAAUAUGCACCACACCGCUUACAACUCCCGGCAAGUGCCGUUACGUCAGGGAAUGCGUGCUUCCCGCGUUUCUGGAGAACUUCGACCUAUUUCUCAGUUACUCUUGCGUCAUCGGCAAUCGUCACCUCGGCGUGUGCUGUCCCGACGAGUUCUUCGGCAAUAUCCUGAGUCCGCGGAAGCCUUUGUUUCCCAUUCUGAGCGGACUGCUCAACAUCGGCAAGAAACCAUCCAGCCAGCCGCCCGCCCAGAAUCCUGACUACGAGGAUGGUCCCGGCGGCCCCCACAUUGAUCAGCCGUUAACGCACGAUGAGCAAGUGCACGGGCACGGUGGUGCACCACCAAACAAUCAGCCGGUGCAGCCCCAGCCUCAAGUUCAGCCCCGGCCACCGGUACAACCCCAGCCGCAACCCCAGCCGCAACCCCAGCCGCAACCCCAGCGGCAACCCCAGCCACAACCUCAGCCACAACCUCAGCCCAGUCCCGCACCACAGCCAAAGCCAGUGCAGCCUCCACCGGUGCAGCCGACACCAUCGCGGCCUCCCGUCGUGCAGCCCCCGAACAACUCGCCGACAGCCAACGCUCCCUUCCAGUUCCCGGAUGACGAUGAGGAGGAGGCGGAACCGCAUGAUGCUUCUGCGCAUCCGCAGAAGCCGCCAUCCCAGCCCCAGCCUGCCGGCGGGCAGACUAGUGAACGCCAGAAGCCGUUGCCUCCGGUGCCACCUGGAUUGGCCCAACUGGCGACGUCUUGCGGCUUAAACUUCAAGACAAGGAUCGUGGGUGGUACUAUCGCCAAGCCAGAUGAUUGGACAUGGAUGGCUGCUCUUUUGCGGAAGGCGGAUGAUGACCAAUUCUGCGGCGGUGCUUUAAUCAGUGAUCGAUACGUCAUUACAGCGGCCCAUUGCACUCAGGGACUUCGACCGCAGAACAUCACGGUGCGGCUUGGAGAGUACGACUUCAAACAAAACACUACGAGCCGGCUGCCUCGAGACUUCAAUGUGUCGCGUAUCCGACAGCACCCGGAGUUCCGCAAGGACACGUACCAGAACGACAUCGCGCUGCUGCGCAUGAGUCGGCGUGUGCGCUUCUCCGAGAACAUCCGGCCCAUCUGCCUGCCCAAGAGUCCCGACGAGUCCUUCCUCGGCAAGCUGGCCACCGUCGUCGGCUGGGGAACGCUGUCCUUCGGCGGUCCUUCUAGUUCAAUUCUGCGGCAAGUAUCACUGCCGGUGUGGGACAACGCGGAGUGCAAAAGCAAGUUUACGCAGGCCAUCCCCAAGAUAUUCCUGUGCGCCGGCACACGGGAUGGCGGUCACGACGCCUGCCAGGGAGACUCCGGGGGUCCUCUGAUGGUUGAAGGUGAAAGCACUCAGUGGACGUUGAUAGGUGUUGUGUCGUGGGGCAUAAAGUGUGCCGAAAAGGGCCUGCCGGGUGUCUACACGCGGAUAACCGAAUUUCUCGGCUGGAUCUACGAGAAUGCUGUGUGACACAGCCGCGAGGCAAAGGAUCGAGGAAGAGAUCAACACUCAUAGGAAAUCAACUCAUGCUCAGUCAUCUUCAUACUACUCAUCUGCGUAGGAGCAAUCCUGGUAAACCGUUUCAAGACGACGGGGGCCAUUCAUCACACAGCUCAUGAACUGGAUACACUCUGUAACGUCUCAUGCUUUUUGAAAAACAAUUUUCAUUGAAUACAAAAAAGGUGAAAUAAAACAAGGCAACUCUUUGCUGCUUGCCUUCAUUU